AUGGAUGUCGAUAAAGCGCGCCAGGAUAGGCUAGAAAAGCUUCGUAAUAUGAGUGAUCAGGUCCGCAUUGGUGGAAAAGGAACUGCUAGGCGAAAGAAGAAGGUCGUCCACAAAAAUGCCGUAGUUGAUGACAAAAAGCUGCAGGGAACGCUCAAGAAACUGAACUUGAAUACUAUCCCCACCAUCGAAGAGGUCAACAUGUAUAAAGCGGACGGCACUAUGAUACACUUCAAAAACCCUAAGGUUCAAGCUUCACCUCAGGCAAAUGUAUUCGCAGUAUCCGGUCAGGCGGAGAACAAAGGUAUCUUGCUACAUUUCAUGUUGAAUCAGCUGGAAUCUGCGAAAUUGAGGCUUUGCAAAAUGAACGGUGAGUAUGCUAUUGUUGUUGGCUAA